GCCGAUAGCGGAAGUGCGUCUAUGAGCCGCGGCCGGAGCGCAUCAGGACCCUGAAGUUAGCCUGCGAGCAGCCGGACGGGCUGAAGCCGAGGCUGACGGAGCCAGUUCGCGUCCCGGUAGUUAGGACGGGUCGCUGGACGUUGGAGACAGUGUGCCGGAGCUUUUCAUUAAAACAGGGGGGAUCCCUGGCGGCCCCGGGGAUGUAGCUAGUGCUAUCUUAGCGGAGUGCCUGUCUGCGCGCAGCGGGGUACAAAGGCGAGGUGUCGGGCUGAGCAGCCACGGGACCCCGGUUCUCUGCACCGGGUACAGCCGAGUUUACGCCUCGUUUGUGCGUGUGUCUGACCUGGCAGACAUUGUGGUUUGACGCCCUCUUCAGAAAGCGGUGGCCGCAGCUGAUGCUGCUGUGAACGGCAAGGUGUAUUCGUGCAUGCUGGCGUGUGACUGGGUGAAGGGGACUUGAGUUGGCUUGCCUCUCCGUGCCUGAGUUGACAUGACGGGCCCCAGGAGGAAGUCCACCAAGACGCAGGGUGGUGGCGGCGGAGGGGCGGAGCCUUCCUGGCAGGAGGAGCCAAAGGACUACAUGAACGAAUUGUCCCAUGAAGUGCUCUGCCACGUGUUCCGGUACCUCCCCAUGCAGGACAUCAUGUGUAUGGAGUGCCUAUCACGCAAGCUGCGGGAGGCCGUAACACUGUACCUGCGCGUGGUGAAGGUCGUGGACCUGUGUGCCAGCCGCUGGUGGGAGUACAUGCCCUCGGGCUUCACAGACUCCAGCUUCCUCAUGCUGCUGAAGAAGAUGCCGGACCUGGAGCAGCUGUACGGCCUGCACCCCCGCUACCUGGAACGCCGGCGCGUGCGUGGCUACGAGGCUUUCAGCAUCCCGGGGGUCCUGGAGGCACUGCAGGCCUGCCCGAACCUGCUGGGUGUGGAGACCUCUCACCUGGAGCUGGUGGAGGCCAUCUGGAACUACAUGCCACAUGUUCAUAUCCUGGGCAAGUUCCGGAAUCGCAACGGGGCUUUUCCCAUCCCACCGGAGAACAAGCUCACCAUCCCAGUGGCAGCCAAGAUCCAGACCCUGCAUCUCGUAGGCGUGAAUGUGCCUGAGAUCCCCUGCAUCUCCAUGCUGAAACACCUCUACCUUAAGUGGGUCCGCCUGACCAAGCCGCAGCCAUUCAAGGACUUUCUGUGCGUGAGCCUGCGCACCUUCGUGAUGAGGAACUGCGCCGGGCCCACCAACUCGCUCAAGUACGUGCCUCUGGUCACGGGCCUGGCGUCUGCCCGCAACCUGGAACAGCUGGAGCUUGUGCGGGUGCCCUUCCUGGGGGGGCUCAUCCAACACGUAGUGGAGGAUAGCUGGAGGUCAGGAGGCUUCCGUAAUUUGCACACCAUUGUCUUCGGGGCUUGUAAAAACGCCCUUGAGGUCGACCUAGGUUAUUUGAUCAUCACUGCAGCUCGGAGGCUGCAUGAGGUCCGCAUCCAGCCCUCGCUGACCAAAGACGGCGUCUUCUCCGCCCUGAAGAUGGCCCAGUUGGAGUUUCCUCAGUUUGAGACGUUACACCUGGGCUACGUGGACGAAUUCCUGCUUCAGUGUAAGAUGAGCCACUCGGGGCUGGUGAAGUACGGCCUCGCGGACGUGAUCGAGAAUCCCGGGAUCAUCACGGACAUUGGGAUGAAGGCGGUCAAUGAGGUCUUCUCUUCUAUCAAGCACCUGCUGGUCUACAACUGUCCACACCUCCACAACCCCCACAGCUGGAUCACAGAUCAUUCGCGCUGGAGCAGGCUGGUGGACCUCACACUAGUACGGUGUCACGCCAUCCGCCUGGAGUCCUUCAGCCAGUUUGUUGAGAUGCUUCCCAGCUUGGAGUUCAUCUCGCUGGACCAGAUGUUCCGAGAGCCGCCCAAGGGCUGUGCACGGGUCGGUCUCAGUGCUGGCACUGGGAUCGGGGUUUCCUCGGCACUGGUGAGCAACCAGAAUUCAAACAACGAGAAUGACAACAAUAACAACGCCAACGCAGACGGCGAGGAGGCGCUGGUGGGCGGCAACGAGCACGGUGGGCACGUCGCCCACGAGGUUGGCCAGGCCCCCCCGCCACAGGACCAUGCUCCCAUGGUCGACAUUGAGGCGGACCCACAGCGGGAGAACAUGGAGGUGGAGUCAGUGGCGGGAGGCGCCUCUGAGGGGGGUCAACCAGGCCCCAGCCAGGCGGGGGGCGUGGCCCGAGCCGUGGACCAGGAACAAGCAGGCCCCAGCGGGGUCCAGUCAUCAGUGAGACAGCGCCCUGUGAUGGUGUCGGACUCGGAGAGUGAGGACGAGGAUGACACGGCAAAGGAGGGUGGGCCGGCCACGUCAUCUUACUCGGAUGUCGGUGAGAAGCUGCCUGAGGCGGAGGACGCAGCAAGGCAUAGCGGCAAAGGGAAGAUACCCCUGCGUCGGAGGGGACCGCCCCCCCAGGAGCGCAGCUGCGAAAAGGGCUGUCAGGUGACCAGCGAGCAGAUCAAGGCGGACAUGAAAGCGGCUUCGGACACCGCCGAGCGGGGGGGGCGGGUCACUAGGGAUGCAGCGGGGAGUGGCUGCGCAGUGGGAGGCUGCGUCUGCUCCAUCCGCUGGAGGGAGGACUCGGCCAAUCGGGAGGGGAGGGCGGAGCCUGGGGCGGGGGGCGGUGAGGGAGCCGUCAGGACGCGCUGCACAUGCAGCAGGACUCAGGGCGGGGCCAGCAGUGCCAGGGGAGAGGAGCCCGGGCCAGGAGCACCGCCCAGGAACCCUAAUAGUGAAGCCAGCGCUGGUACGGGCGUGGCAGCGGGUUCCACUGGUGCUGGUGGUGAGAGAUCGGGUGCAAGGAGCAUGCAGGGCUCUGUGGGAGACCCUGCCCCCCGGGAAGGAUUCCCACGGCGGCCCAUGACUCGAGCCCGCAGUCGACUCUCCUCAGUCUCACUGGUGUCUGAGUCAGAGCUGGCAAAGGCCAAGCCCCGGGUUGUGGGGAAGAGGAAGCGCACGGCAGACAAGUCCACCAGCACCAGUGACCCGGUGACAGAGGACGACCAUGUGCAGGUGCUGACUCUGAAAUCUAAGAACCUGGUGGGGAUCACGCUCACCAACUGCGGCAUCACCGACCUGGUGCUGAAGGAGUGCCCCAAGAUGAUGUUUGUCCACGCAACACGCUGCCGGGUGCUGAAGCACCUAAAGGUGGAGAACGCCCCCAUCGUGAACCGCUUCGACUACGCCCAGUGCAGGAAGCUGAACAUGGAGCAGGUGCUAGACCAGAUUCUCCGCAUGCCCCCCGAAAGGAACCGCAUCAUCUACAUGCGACCCAUGCAGCAGGUAGAUUCCCUGGCCCUGGAGAGGAAGCUGUUCUGUGGACCGUACCCGUAUCACAUCUGCAUCAUCCACGAGUUCAGCAACCCCCCAAAUGUGCGGAAUAAAGUGCGCGUGCGCAGUUGGAUGGAUACCAUUGCCAACAUCAGCCAGGAGCUCAUCAAGUAUGAGUUCUUUCCAGAGGCGACACGGACCGAAGAGGAUGUGAAGAAGUACCCCAGCUACCCCUGGGGCCGAGACAUCUACACCUUGGAGGGGCUGGUGGAUGGCGCCCCCUAUUCCAUGAUAACGGACUUCCCGUGGCUUCGCUCGCUGCGGACCGCGGAGCCCAAUAGCUACGCUCGCUAUGACUUCGAGGACGACGAGAGCACUACUAUCUAUGCCCCCCGGAGGAAGGGCCAGCUGUCCGCCGACAUCUGCAUGGAGACGAUCGGGGAGGAGAUCUCGGAGAGGCGGCAGACGCGGCGUGGCGUCUUCCAACGCGUGGUCGCCGUCUUCAUCCAUUACUGUGAUGUGCGUGGGGAACCAGUUGAGGACGACUACAUCUAGGGGGCGCUGCAAGCUGCACCAAUGCCUUGUUGCUGUUUACCUGUGUUUACAUGAAGGGAUAAACUGGCUGACUGUGUCCCUGUCACUGAUGGCCACUUGCCUUUUGCAGUUUUUUUUUUUUUUCUUUUCAUCCCUCUUUCCUUGACUGGCAGAAACCUGCUUCCGCUGUUGGGUGUGGCCCAUCUAUGCUGAGGGGGGGCAGGAGAGUGUUUGGCUACAUGGAUGUCACAUGUGUGCACACACACGCAUACACACGGACACGCACACGCAAAGCCCGAAGGAAACACCCUGUUAGAUAUGGUGAUAUCGGAGUGUUGUGCCCUGGCCUCCCCCAGCCCCGCCUUAUGUGUGAGACCCCGCCCCUCACACCUCCUGGGCCCUAUUGGGCAUGGUGCCCUGUGCUGAAAGUGCCCUUACCUCGCUCACCUUUCGUCGUUCCUUCCCGUGUUCCUGCAUCUUCCCUGACUACUCGCCUGUCCUCACUCUCAGCCCAGCUCCUGGUUCAUCUGCGCUGCUGUUUAUUCAUCACAAAGAAUGACAAAAAGGGAAGAGAUCACCCUGCUGCGCUGUUAGGAACCAUUUCACACACACAUGCACACUUUGCCACCCCAGUUCCCCCCAGUGGUACCUUCUGGUCCUGAGCCGGUCAGUUGCAGUUGCCCCCCCACCUGCCUGAUGUGGAUCGUGCUUCUGUGUUAGUGUUCAGGCACAUGCAGGUCAGUCCCAGAUGUGGGUGCUGUGAACAGAGGGUGCAUGUGGACUGUGAGACGAGCCCCCCCCCCUUCAGUCAGUCUGUCUUCCGGUGCUGGACCAUCCUUAUGCUAUUUCAGGGAAGCAAAGAGGAACUUAGACAAAACUGCCCCCCCCCCCCACCCGGUUUCACACUGUUACCUGAGCUGGACUCGCACGGCUUUCCCGAAGGUGUCCUGUGAGCAAUCAGAGGAAGAUGGCUUGAAGACCUGUAUCUGUGUGUGAGUGAUUCAUGCCUUCUGCUCAUCUAGCCUGGCUACUCUCCUCCAUUCCACCUGCUUUAAUGAGCCCCGCAUUUACUCAGGAGCUUCCCAGCAUCCUGAAACCUGCAGCUGGGGAGGGGGGGGGGGGCUUCCCUCCCCCAUGAAGCCACAACUUGGCGUGGGUUCACGCUACAGCCCAGCAUGGCACUAGCCUGUGGACACUACCGAUGUACAGAACAGAUAUACUGUAUUUAAAGGAUCUUCUGAGAUUUGUUUUAUAGGUUUAUAUAUAUAUAUAUAAAAAAAACUAUUUCACAUAAUAAAAGUGAG